AUGAAUUUUAUUUUUCAAAAAUAAUCAAGCAUUUCAGCGAAUAGAAAAGAUAAAUUAUAGCUCUUUAAGCAAUAUUUAAUGCUUUUAUACAUAUUAAAAUUCAACGUUUAAAUUCCAAGAGACAUUUCAUCUUUUAUUUUGUUUUUUAACAUGAUAUAUCCUACAUUUAUUUCUUUAGAAUAAUAAUACUUCUAUUCUCAAUAGAAAAACUCCAUAUAAUAAAUUUUACUUUUUAGCAUUAGACCUGAUUUGAUAUUUUAAAGGUACAAAAAUUAGUUUAUUUUAGCUCUUUAUUGUACUUGAUACCUCUAAUUUUAUUUUUAUUUCAUAAAUCAAGUGGAGUAAUAUUAUUAUAUUAUUAUUUAACUUCAAAAAACUAGGAAAGAUUUGUUCGAUUAAUUUCUAAAAAAAUAUUUUUAAAGGUAUUAGGAUUAUUCUUUACAUUAUACCUAAAAUUAAUUAAUACAUUUUUACUUAUAAUUUAUAGUUUGCUUUGCAUUGCCAGUUUUAAAAUAUAGUUUGAAUAAUCAAAAUAAGAUAAUUUACCCUCCUUUCAUAUAAUUUGCAAUUUCUUAACAAUAAUUUUAUUGUUUUUAGAAUCAUCAUUUGUAUUAUAUUUUUAUAGUUCAUCUAUAACUCAUUAACAAAAAGACAUAGAAACAACAAGAGUUACUUAUUUAAGAGUGCUUUAUCAAAUAUUAAUAUUACUUCAAAUUUUUAUGGUUUUCUUUUGGAAUUCAAAACACUAUUUUUUUAUUUAAUCAGCUAUAGCUAUUUUUUCGCAAAUAACGUUGUUAAUUGAUUAAUUCUAUAAUUUAGUAUAUUCUUUGAAUCAUCAACAAUAAUCAAUUGCCUUAGCCAUUUCUAUUAAUAUUUCAUUUUAUUUUGCAGCCUUAGUUUCAACCAAUAUAUCUUUCAAAUCUUUGCUUGUACCUUUUCUUAUAAAUCAAAUUUUGAUCUAUUAAAUAAUAGGGAACUAUUAUGAUCGUUUUAAUAAAUAUACUUUAAAAGUACUGUUUAAUAAAAAACUGUAAACUUAUUGGCCACUAAAAUAUUGGUUAAUCAAAUUAAUUAAUAAUGACAUAAAUAAUAAUAAUUUUGAACUAGUUUUUAAGUCUUUUAUUGCAUCAUAUCAUAGAUUUGAUUGUGAUGAUGUAAAUUGUAUAUUUUGUUCUCGUUCAAAUAUAAUUUUUCCAACUUUAACUGGUGGUAUCACUAAUAAAAUUUAUAAUCAAUUUUUGUUGAAAAAAUUAAAGCAAUUUUUAGCAUUAGAAUCUCUUAAUUAAUAGUCAUCAUCAUAAAAUUAGGGUCUUUUAUCAUAUGCAUUUAUUUUAUACGAUUUUGGAAUGAUUAUGAAAGCUAUAAAAAUUCUUUGUUUUUUAAAGGAAAAUCAUUAAAAUUCAGAAAAUUUAAAAAUUUAAUCAUUUUCUUAAUUUUAAGAGGAUAAUUAUUAAAAUCUUGAAUUAAUAAAUUAAAAAAAAUUAUAAUCUUAAGACCCUCAAGACUUAUUCAAUGAUUUAGCCAAAAUUGUGCAAGACCCUAUAUUAAUGUAAUUUUAUUUAAAUUAACGAUAAUUUGGGUAAUAUCUAAUGAUUGAUAAAAUAAAAUUACAAUUUAUGUUUGAAUGUGCAAAAGCAAAUAUAAAUUCCUCAUUAGGAACAUCAAGAGAAACAUUAUAAUAAUUUUACAUUUCGAAUUAUACUGAAGAAAUUAUAGAAAAAGAUCUCUAAAUUAAUAUUUAAGAAAAAAAUUUAUUAAAACUUAUUGAUGCAAAGAUAGAUAUAUAUUAAUAAAUAGUUUCAACGUCAUAAAUUAAAUAAACUAUUCGUCAUUUUCACUAGAAAGUACAUAAACUAUGUUACUAAUUUUAUGCGUUAGAUAAAGAAUUAAAAAAGGCUUAUGCAUAAAAUCCUUGUUUUCAUUUGCAUAGAAUAAUUUGUUAUUUUUUGGGAGAAAUUUUAGGAGAAUAUAGAAGGGCAAUAAAUUUUUAUAAAAAUUCAGAAUUUUUUGAAACUAAAAUACUUUAAUUUAAAUAAAUAAAGAAUUUUAAUAUUAACUCUCAAAGAGUCCAUUAUUUAAUAUUAGAAGCAAAGGAUGAUAUGGAAACAUUUAAUAUCUAAUCAUACUCUAAUAAAUUUUUUCUAAGUUUUGGAAAUUCUUCAAACACUGCUUAGAUUCAUCAGUUUAAUGAUUUAUUACCUAUAUAUUUAGUUCAACAUCAUUGCUCUUAUGUAAGACAAUUUUUUGAGACAGCAGAGGCUAAAUUUUAUUAGUAAUUUGACCUUAGUUUUAUUCGGAAUACAAAUACUCUCUUAACACCAAUAAAUAUGUGUUUUUCAAUUACAAAUAAAUUCAUUAAUAAAAAUAUUACAUUUGCUGCUUUUUUAUAAGAUACUUUAUAUGAUCAAGCAUAUAUUCUUGUAGAUGAUAUUAGUCUAAAUUGUAUGUUUACUUAAAAUUUAUUAAUAUUAAUUGGAUGGAAAGAAUCAGAAAUCUAGCAAUUGAGUAAAUAAGAUAGAUAAAAAGAAUUUGAUAUUAAUAAAAUAUUUCCAAAAUUUGAUAAGCUUGUUAGAGUAAAUUAAGAAAAAUACUUAAGAUUAAAUUAAUGUGAUUUGAUAUUGCCUAAAAUGUAAGAAACAGUAUCAACUUAAAGAUCUUUAUAUUCAGAAAAUUCAUAAAUAUAUUUAUAAUAUAUUGACUGUUAAUGUGAUUUAAUUAUUAUUAAACGAUCUAUUGGGGGCUAUAAUUAUUACAUAAUAAAUAUUGUUAAAAUAGUUGAAGCUUAAACAAUUGAAAUUAUUAAUCAAAAAAUAAAUUAUUCACAGUAAAAAACUUUAGAAAAUAAAUAAUUAUAAUUUCCUGAUAACUAGACUAGUUUAGAGUAAGUUUAGAUUUGGUCUUAAUCUUUAAAUAAAGAAAAUAUAAAAAAUCAUAACAAAAAUAUUGAUAAGAAAUCAAAUUUAGAAUAUACUUAAAUAGAUAAAAUGUAUUCUUUAAUUCAAUCUAUUCUUUCUGUAAAAACUCCAAAGUAUCUUUAGAAAUUUGUGAUUUUAAUGUUAAUUUGGCAUUCAAUUUUUAUUAUGUUUGUCAUAAUAUUUUAUGUCUCUUUGCAAUCAGACAUAAAUUUAGUAAAAUCACAUCUUGAAAUGAUAUCAUUUUAUGCAGCAAUAAUGGCUCCUCACGAUCUUUUCUUUUCAAUGAGAGUAACCAUUACUGCUUAUUAAUAAAUGUAAAGAGAAGGAUUCUUAACUCAAGGAUAAGUUACAGAAUUAACUAAUCCUUAUUAUGAAAAUAUUGAAUUAGGAUUUACUGAAUUAAGAGAUAGCUUUUAUGAUCAGUUAAAUAAUCAAUAUUUAAAGAAUUUUUUGAAUGAUAUUACUGUUACAAUGUAUUUUAUGUAAAAAGAUGAAAAGUCAAUAUAUCCUAUAGAUGUUACUUUUAGAGAUGCUUUAUUAAUUAUAUUAUAAUAUCAAUAUGCAUAAAUGAUGACUUUUUAUCAUCGUCAAAGUACUUCUGGUAAACCAUUUUAAAUUUCAUUAUUUGCAAAUUAUUUUAUGCUUCAUUCUCAGUGUGAAUUGUUAACAAAUGAUAUAGCUAUUUAUUCAAUUGAAAAUAAAAACUAUAUUAAUCGAAAAUGGUUGAUAAUUACUUUUAUUGGAUUUGUAUCUCUUAUUCUAUUUUAUAUAAUUAUUUAAUGUUAUUAAAUAUAUUUUUUUGGGUAAUUGGAUUCACUCUAUGAGUUAAUUAAUUGCUUAACAUACGAUAUUGUUUAGAAAGAGAUUGAUAAAUUUGGAGAUUAUAUCAGUAAUUAUAAAUUAGAUCGCUAUAUCAUACUUGAAUAUAAUCCAUUAGAUCGAUAUUGCAAAUAAAUUGAAAAUUAUUAAAAAAAAUUAGGGUAAAAUUAUAUAAAAGUAAAAAUUAAAACAAAAAAUUAAUCUAAAUUAGUAAAUUAUUCUAUGCUUUUUUUAUUAUGUUUAUUACUUUGUUUUUACUUUAUUCUAAUUUUCAGUAGUACAUAAUUGUAUUUAUAACAAUAUGAAAAAAACUUGAAUUUUUAUAAAAAGUUGUAGGAUUAUAAAUUAAGACCUGGUAGCCUUUACUUAUAUCGAGAAAUCUUUUUUAGAUGGUCUAAUUUCACUUUUUUAACAGAAGAUAAUUAAUAAUAGUUAUAUUCUCUAGUUUUUAAAGCAGAAUAAUCAAUAAUGGAUUAUUUGAAAAAUACAAAUUCUUUUUAUGUAAAUUCAUAAAUUAUAGAUGAAGAAUUUGAUCGGUUAUUUAGUAAAGUCAGUCAAGAGAAUUUAUGUUAAUUUAUUGAUUAAGUAAUUAUUAAUUUAAAUUAGAAAUUUUAAAAUUUAACAUCUAAAUAUUGUAAUUUAUCUUUUGAUGGAUCUUUGAAAUCAGGAAUGAUAAAUACUUUAAUUUAUAUAAAACAUUCAAUAUAAACUUAAUAGGGAAUAAACAAUUUUACUAAAAGAGUAGAAAUUAGUUUAUAUGAAUAAGAAGGAUCACAGAUAAUUACAAGAGUUUUUUUCUCACUUUCAGAUUAAUUUAGUAAAAGUGUAGGUUUAAAAGCGGAUAUUUGUAUUUAAGUGAUAAAAGUAAAAGAUUCUAAUUAGAUUAGGCUAUAUCGAUUAGUUUUAUUGUUUAUAUUUUAUUAGUGUUAUUAUUGAUGCAAAUACUUUAUCGUCCAUAUUUAGAGAAACUUUUUAAAGUGUUAAAAAGAUCAGUUCAUUUAAUUCCGUUUGAUUGCUUGUUGUAAAGUGAAACAUUAGAAAUGAGAUUAAAGUCGAUUAAUUAUAAACUUUAAUUAUUAUGA